GUCACUGGGAGCGACUCCACACGUCAAAAAAGACACCUGCUCGGGUAAUAAAAAAAAAAAAGUUUAUAGAUAAAGUGUUUAAUGAGGCGGUGUGAGGGAUGUUUUAUAUUUUACAUUCCAGGCUGUGACAGACUGAGACAGCGAGUUUUAAAGUUUGUAGCAUGUCAGCGCGCUGUGAGUGACAGGUGAGGAGAACAGUCCGCGCUGUGUCGUUUUGUGAUUUCUUUUUAUUGUACAUGCUCUUACUGACCUGGACGCACGAGCGGAGCCUUAUGACAUUACGCACAGACCGGGAGCGGGGCUGCAAAUGGGCGGCAUAGGUGGCAACCUCUACCUCAGCAUGUUGAAUGGGACUGAAACGCAAACUUUCGGAAAGAACCCCGACAUCAGCAGUCACCUCCACCGCGGCGGCAAGGAUCUAGCCGAGUUUAAAAUGGGGAUUCAGGACGCGAGGUUUUACUACCCGGACUCUGUUCCGAGCGGGCAGGACACUCUGGCUCUGCCGUACCACUCGGACCAAGCGGUGGGAGGGUACGGAGCGCCGCCCGGCAGGUUUUACGCACAGACCCUGAGCAGUUGCCCGUACAGCGGCGUGCGGUCGCCGCCAAGAAGCGGAGCCGGGCAGGGUUAUAUCCCAGCGGCUGGAGACGGGUUUCCCACAGGGGGUAAAGACUUGUACUCUCCUUCUCCGGAGGCUUACCCAGCGAGCUUUCAGCACGGCUACCAGCGGCCGCCUCUCUACCCUUUACCUGGGCUACAGGUGUGCGGGAAGACUCAGGCUCUGCUCAAUAACUACCCGCUGUGGGCCAAGUUCCACAAGUUCCAAACCGAGAUGAUAAUCACCAAGCAAGGGAGGAGGAUGUUCCCCUUCCUGAGCUUCAACAUCAGUGUUCUGGAUCCGUCUGCUCACUAUAACGUCUACGUGGACGUGGUCCUGGCUGAUCAGCAUCACUGGAGGUAUCAGGGCGGCAAGUGGGUCCAGUGUGGGAAAGCGGAGGGCAACAUGCCAGGGAACAGGAUGUACAUGCACCCCGACUCUCCCAACACAGGAGCUCACUGGAUGAGACAGGAAGUGUCUUUCAGCAAACUCAAGCUCACCAACAACAAGGGCAGCACCAAUAAUGUGGCACAGAUGAUCGUGCUCCAGUCGCUCCAUAAGUACCAGCCUCGUCUUCACAUCGUGGAGGUGAAGGAGGACGGCACUGAGGAUGCCUUCCUGUCAUCCAAAGCUCAGACCUUCAUCUUCCCGGAGACUCAGUUCAUUGCUGUCACUGCUUAUCAGAACGCAGAUAUCACUCAGCUGAAAAUAGACCAUAACCCCUUCGCUAAAGGUUUCCGUGACAAUUACGACACGCUGUACGCUCCUCCCGACUCUGAUCGCCUCACCCCCUCCCCUACUGAGAGCCAGCAGCUGCUGCCAGGGAGCUGCUACCCCCAAGGCUACCUCUCUGAGCAGUACAUGAGCCCCCUGCAGCAGAGCCGCUUCUACAGCCGCGAGCCUAUCAGCAUGGGCCAGCAGCACAAAGACCCGUCCUCGAGUCCUGGUCCUCACAGUCGCUGGUACCUGCCGCCUCAACAGGGUGUGGCCCCAAAUCGCCUUGACUUCACUUCCUCCUAUGAGGGGGACUUCUCCGGAAACGGUUUCUACAAGCCUUUCCCCUUGCAGACAUCCGCUCACCAUCCCCUCAGCUACUACCCUGAACAUCCUUUUGCAUCUACCAGCGUGUCUGUAUCAGGAGCCACCUCAGCGGGCUGGACCACCAGCCGGCCCACCCCUCAGUACCUCAGCCACCCGAGCAAACCUGGCCCCAGUCUGGGCUGGUUCAGACCCAUAUCGUCCUCCUCAUCCUCCUCAUCAUCUUCCACAUCACCUGGCAACCCCCGGCUGCACCCGCCCUCGCUCCUAGAGCCUCUGCAGCCGCCCCUGCUGCAGGACAAGUCCAAAGACACUGUGGAGGUGGCUGGGGAAGACCCCUGGCUCGAACCUCCCUCUGUGAAAUCAGCGGCCUCGGCUGACUCAGGCCUGUUUGAGGGCGGCGUGGGGGACAACAAGAAGAGGAGGGUGUCGCCAUAUACAUCCAGCACUGAAAACUCCCCACCUCCGCGCAGUGGAGAGGUCUGCGAGAAGGACAGCAACAGUGAUGCAGACUACUAUGGCUAUUACACCCACUGAAGACCUCACACAUCACCACAGCCUCCCCCAGCGUCCUCCCACACCGCUCUCAUGGACAUGCUUUUGUCUGUCCAGUCAGGUCAUGAUAAAGGGCUGGAACAGUCUCCAUUUUUGCUGCAGACAAACACCAGAACAUGCAGCUUCAUCCACUGUCACAUCGCAGUGUGGCCAGCCUCUCUAUAAAGUCCCCCUUCAAAGUGUCGAAUGAUUACAGGAGCAACUUUCAAGGUUACUGUCAAAGUUUGUGUUGAACACGAGUGGAUGUGACUGGGAAACUGCCCCGCAGUCAUAUAAACACCACACAGACAAACAGACCUGUGACUUUAGCCUUCCAAACAUCUGGAGAUUUGAGAAAAAAAUGAUCUGCAUAUCUGCUUGCUGACAGACGCCUGCAGGGAUUGUCUGUUCUUUCUGCAUCAAACACUCUGUCUGUCUGUUUUGCUCUGUCUUGUCUCUGUCUGUCUCUUCCUUCUCACCCUCAACCUUUCACACAUACUCUCACAAUAUGCUCACGGUCAUUUCCCCUGAUGAUUCUGAGCUGAAAUUACAUUUCACACACAGUCUUCUCUCCAAAUCCAGCUCAAUAUGUUUAGUGUAGCGCCGACCAGUGGCAACAGAGGAGCAUUGCAGGGGCUCACGGUACAGAGGCCAGAGUGUCUGAGGGAGCUGAUGUCAGGAGGUUAAGAGGGUUUAACAAGCACAUGUCCUGAAGCACGGCCGCUAAUCUAAUUCAGCUCAGCUAGGACAGCCUCUCCUGUGUGUUGAUGUUAAGUAAAUCAACAACCGGUGCAGAAAUAGCCAGUCCUUACAACUGGAGACAAUCAAACACAAUCUCACAGGUGUUAAAGAAGAGCUUUUAUCUCUGAAGUUCCUAUGAAUUUCAAUCUGGAAUAACAAUUUACACUUCAGAGUAACCUGCUGCCCUUCUGGGUAUUUAUAGGGUGAAGCAAAAUCUUCAGUCUGUUUGCACUGUAAUGUGAUUAGAUCCUGCCACGACAUGUCAAAACACAAAGAUAGAUAACAUCAAAAUGCUGAUAAGCAGGAUAAAAUCUCACGUCAAACUUAACUAAAAAAAAAAUUUGAGAAAGAAAAGAAUUAUAUAGCUUCAUUUGAUUGGCAAGAUUAGUCGAUGAAUUAAUGACACACUUGACAAAGAAGUUAAUCUACAAAUAUCUUGAUAAUCUGUUAAUUAUUCUAAGCAAAAA